CGAGAAACACACGUUUUACCAAACUCUUUCUCCCUUUACACAAACCAAACCAUCUUCUUGCAACAAAAUUUUCAAAUCAUCAUCUUCUUCUUCUUCUCCAUUACAGAUUUAGAACGAAAAUGGAAGAAGUUAAAACAGUGCAGAACAAGAAAGUGAUCUUGAAGAAGUAUGUAGAUGGCAUUCCUACAGAAGCAGACAUGGGAGUGAAGCUCGGAGAGACGAUUGAGCUUAAAGCACCAAAAGGGUCUUCUUGUUUCCUUGUUAAAAAUCUCUACUUGUCUUGUGAUCCUUACAUGAGAGGUCGUAUGCGUGACUUUCACGGUUCCUACUUGCCGCCUUUUGUUCUUGGUCAACGUCUCGAAGGGUUUGGUUUAGGAAGAGUGAUAGAUUCUGAUGACGUUAAUUAUAAGCCGGGCGAUAUAGUCUCGGGGAUUAUUGGUUGGGAAGAGUACAGUUUGCUUCGUAGUGUAGAUCACUUGCAGUUGAGGAAGAUUCAGUUAGAUGAUGACAUUCCACUUUCUUAUCAUCUUGGACUUCUUGGGAUGCCUGGAUUUACAGCAUAUGCAGGGUUUUAUGAGAUUUGCUGUCCUAAGAAAGGGGAUACUGUUUUUGUCUCUGCAGCAUCAGGAGCAGUAGGACAACUUGUUGGUCAGCUUGCUAAGUUGCAGGGCUGCUAUGUUGUUGGGAGUGCUGGUAGUAAGCAAAAGGUUGAUCUUCUUAAACACGAGAUUGGGUUUGAUGAUGCUUUUAACUACAAGGAAGAAGCUGACUUUGAUGCAGCUUUAAAGAGGUACUUCCCAGAGGGGAUCAAUAUUUACUUCGACAACGUGGGUGGAUCCAUGCUUGAUGCAGCUCUCCUCAACAUGAAAGUCCGUGGAAGAAUCGCGCUUUGCGGGAUGGUAUCUUUGCAAAGCCUCUCAAGCUCAUCACAAGGAAUCAACAACUUAUACAACGCGAUCCCUAAACGAGUAAGAUUAGAAGGGUUCUUGCAGAGCGAUUACCUCCAUAUCUUCCCACAGUUUCUUGAACACGUCAAGAGAUAUUACAAGGAAGGGAAGAUUGUAUACAUCGAAGAUAUGUCUGAAGGCCUCGAGCUCGCUCCUGCUGCACUUGUUGGGUUGUUUUCUGGGGAAAACAUUGGUAAACAAGUUGUUCGUGUUGCUAAGGAGUGAUUGUUUCUGAAAGUAUAUAUAUAGUGCAAGUGAUUACAGAACAAGUCAUUGUAUGAAAUAAAGUCGCCUUGUGUGUAACAUCUUCUUGCCCACCAAAGCAAAACGUUUUGAUCAGUUGGAAUAUGAUGAUAUAAUAAUCCUUCGGAUAUUUUA